AUGGAAGGAGUGGCAGUCAUGGCUCAUACGUUGAGUUGGUCUGUAUUGUGUUUUGUUUUGCUGAGCGUUUGGGCUCAGGAUUUCUAUGAGGAAAAAACUGGACCAACAAGAGUUAAGACUAGAGGACAGACAGCAGCCGUUCUGCAGAAACACAACGGUCAAGCCAUCUUGGACGAGGACUGCGGUCUAGAGUUGGCCUUCCUGCUGGACAGCUCUGAGACGGCCAAGGACAACCACCAGCAGGAGAAACAGUUCACUAUGGACAUUAUAGAAGGCCUCCAGAGCAUCCGUUUGGACACAGCUCGCAAACUCAGCUGGAGAGCGGCCCUGCUUCAGUACAGCAGCCACGUCAUUAUCGAGCAGACCCUCCAACAGUGGAAAGGCUCGGAGAACUUCAAGAGCAGCAUCGCGCCGAUGGCCUACAUCGGCCACGGCACUUACACCACCUACGCCAUCACCAACAUGACCAAGAUAUUUCUGGAAGAAUCGAGCCCUGAAAGCAUCAAGAUCGCCCUGCUCCUCACAGAUGGGACUUUUCAUCCCAGAAACCCUGAUAUCUUCUCUGCUAUGGCUGACGCAAAGAACCAGGGCGUGAAGGUCUUCACAAUUGGCAUCACCCGUAGCGCCAAUGAACCUGCCAACACAGCAAACCUGAGACUGCUGGCCAGUACGCCGGCCACCAAAUUCCUCUAUAAUCUACAGGACACGAACGUCAUGGAAAAAGUCAUAAUUCAGAUUGCUCAGCUGGCAAACGAUGGGUGUCCUCUGUCCCCGAAGUGUGCUUGCGAGAAGGGUGAGAGAGGACAUAGCGGCCCGGCGGGAAAGAAGGGUCGCCCAGGUGAGGAUGGAGGCCCUGGGGCUAAAGGUCAAAAGGGUGAAUCUGGUUUGAGUGGACUUCCUGGUCGUGAGGGUACAGAGGGGAAACCAGGCUACAAAGGAGAGAAGGGUGAAAGAGGAGAAUGUGGCACUCCGGGAAUCAAAGGAGACCGAGGUCCUGAAGGUCCAGUUGGUACUCAAGGGUCCAGAGGUCUGCAGGGUUUACCAGGACCACAGGGUGACAUCGGACCAGAAGGCCCACAGGCAAAGAAGGGUGAGCGCGGCCCUGCUGGCCCACCUGGAAUUCAGGGCGACAGUGGAAUUGGACUUCCUGGACCAAAGGGAGAUAUGGGAUUUCAGGGGAGACCAGGUCCUCCGGGUCCACAUGGCAUAGGCGAGCCAGGUCUGCCUGGGCCUCAAGGGCCACAGGGGGUUCUAGGAGAGAAAGGACCACCAGGAGAGGGCUUUCCAGGUCAAAAGGGGGACCGGGGUCUGGAGGGGCCGAAGGGACCAAGAGGACAGCCAGGCACUGGAAUCAAAGGCGAUAAGGGUGAGCUUGGGCCUCCAGGUUUACCAGGACCGAUCGGACUCCCAGGGCUUGGCAUUCAGGGAGAAAAGGGUGUUGAGGGUCCGAGAGGGCCUCCAGGAGGAAGAGGAUCACCAGGAGAGGGUUUCCCCGGUCCCAAGGGAGAACAUGGUUUACCAGGAGAGAUGGGAACCCCGGGAGAGAGAGGGCAGGGCGAACCUGGAACAAAGGGUGAACCUGGUGCAUAUGGACUGGCUGGUGUACCUGGACUUCCUGGGGAGGAUGGAGCUCCAGGACAAAAGGGUGAGCCUGGGGCGACAGGUUUGAGGGGACCUGAGGGGGCUCCAGGAAUUGGCACUCAAGGAGAGAAGGGAGAUCAAGGCCAACGUGGCAUUCGAGGGUUGCCAGGUCCUCUUGGCAUAAGUGGCCCAUCGGGACCAAAGGGAGAGCCAGGUACGCCAGGAAGGCUGGGCAUGCCGGGAUUACCUGGACGAGCUCUUGCAGGAGCAAAGGGUGAUGUGGGUGCCGCUGGUCCUCCCGGACCGAUUGGAGAGACUGGUUACGGUUUGCCUGGUCCAAAGAGAGAAGACAUAAUCAAGCUGAUUAAGGAGAUUUGUGCUCUGGAGUCUAAGCUGGUCAGCCAGUUCUGUGAGGAUGAGAACGGGGCCCUUUACUUCAACCGGAUUACCAACGGCUUCAACGGAUACAACGGAUACGGUAACGGCAAAGAGGAUGUUUCUUCAUACAGGAAUAAUGUUUACGGGAACAGAUUUCAGGAGAUUUCACUGGACAGAUCUCAGACUCACUCUAGAGGCAGAGGACACAGCAUACCUCUUCCCAUCAACCCCGGGCCUCUCAAAGCACAGGUGGAGAAUGACUAUGAAGGCGAGGAUCUAGACAUUAAGACACAAACUCAAAGUGGAAGCACUAUUGCUGUUGUCAAUAAGACUGUCCAACCUGUACAGCCAGGAACAUCAUCAUCAUCUUCAUCAUCAUCAGUAUCAACACAUUCUACUUCAGUGAAUGUGAAUGCAAAGCCUCGUCCUGUAGUGAUAAAAGAAUCGGCUCCUCUGGGUCCUCACUGUUUUCUCAGUCUGAGUCAGGGCUCCUGUAGAGACUACGUCAUUCGCUGGUACUACGACAAACAGGCAAACGCUUGUGCUCAGUUCUGGUACGGAGGCUGUCAGGGCAACGAGAACCGCUUCCAGACAGAAGAAGAAUGCAAGAAGACAUGUGUCCUCACCAGCACAGCAGGCUAAACGGGAUGAAGAUCUACAUCGGUCAUUCUACAAUGAACCCCAAUAAAUGAACUUUAUGCUGGUGAUGGUGUACCCAAUGACAGAUGCCUACAGCAUUCAACAGUUCUUAUUAUAAUAUCAUAAAAAUGUUCCCUAACUUUAAGCUCAGGAUCUGGAGAAAAUGUUUAUUAUGCCCCAAAUAAGUCAAAAGACUUUCAUAAACAAGUACCUGCUAAAGUGAAACACAGGUGUUAUUAUGUUAUUCAAAUGCACAACUCACAUUUCUUAUAUUUCUCGGUAUCCACUGAGAAUCUGUGCACUGCUCUGACAGUUGUGACAUGCAGAAAUAUUAUCCACUGGGAAUUGAUUGUAUAUAUGUUUUGUUUUAUUUAAAAUGUAUAUACAAUUUGUGACUUGAGUAAAGCCACAGGCAAAUUUAGUAGACUGAAACGUCAUAAAUGAUUUCUUAGGGGUUUUAUGGGGGUAUUAUCAUUUUGUAGGGAAUAAAACAAAUAAACAAACAAAUCAAAUAGUUAAGUCACUAAGUCCCAAUAAUUUAAAUGCAAUUAUGAUUUUCAAAAAUAUUUUGUAUAUAUUCUUUUUCAUGUGUCACAGUAGCUUUAUAAUAAUAUUCAGACAAAAUGGAUUUGCAUUCCUGAAUUUUUUAUUCAAAACAAUAUUUGCCUUUUUUAA